AUGGACGCUCCGGCCUACCAACAAGACGUCGGCAGCACGUCCACCUGCUGCACGAUCCACUUGUGGAGUGAACUGGACAACAUGCUCGACGUGGUGAAGAACGUCCGCCGCCUGGAGGAGACCGUCGGCCAGCUAGCCGCCCAGCGAAGCAGCGUCCACGGCGCUAUCGUGGCCGUGGCGGGCGCCGACGACGGCGAAGACGGGGGCGCCGACCGGCUGCGCCGCCUGGGGUGCACCGAGGAGGCGGUGAACUGGCUGGGGCGCGCCCGUGUCGCCGUGAAGCAGGGGGACGCCGUCGUGGCGGACUACGCCGCGCUGUCGCUGCCCCGCCUCCGCCUCGUCGCGCGCUACCGCAUCGGCAAGCGCGCGGCGCGCGCGCUCCGGCAGGCGCAGCUGCUCGUGCAAGAGCGGGACGGGAUCGGCGCCGCGCGGCGCGGAGCCGGCAGCUUCCCCGCCACCACGCACCAGGCGGCGCCGGCGCCGGCGCCCGCGGGCGCCGUCGGGACGGACGACUACCUCAAGGAGGCGCUCGGCUACAUCACCGACGACGCCGUGGGGGUCAUCGGCGUCUGCGGCAUGGGAGGGGUGGGCAAGACCACCCUCCUCCGCGCCAUCAACAACUGCUUCCUUCCCGCGCGGCAGUCGCCGGCGAGCAGCAAGAAGUUCGACCACGUCAUCUGGGCGGUGGCCUCGAAAGAAUGCAGCAUCGAGCGGCUCCAGAACGACGUGGCGAACAAGCUUGGGUUGCCAUUGGCGAACCUCCCCGACGAGCACUCCGACGCCGACUUGGAGCAACGUGCUCUGCCGAUCGCGGAGCACCUGAAGAACACGAGUUUCCUGAUUCUACUCGACGACCUGUGGGAAUGCUUCGAUCUCAAGCUCAUCGGCGUUCCUUAUCCAGACGGCGCCGGCAGCGAACGGCGGCGGAAGGUUGUACUGACGACGAGGUCGGAGGUCGUCUGCGGCAGGAUGAAGGCCGAUCGGGUUGUCAACGUGGAGUGCCUCAAGCAGGACGACGCGUGGACGCUAUUCGAGAUGAACGCCACGGCCGCGACGAUCGCGUCCCACGCGGCGAUCGCCGGGCUCGCCAGGGAGGUCGCCGGCGAGUGCCGUGGGCUGCCGCUCGCGCUCAUCACCAUCGGCAAGGCUCUCUCCACCAAGACCGACCCGGAGCUGUGGCGGCACGCCAUCGACAAGCUGAGAGACGCGCACCUCCAUGAGAUCACCGGGAUGGAGGAGGAGAACUCCGGCAUGCUGCGCGUGCUCAAGCUCAGCUACGACUACCUCCCGACCACCGUGAUGCAGGAGUGCUUCCUGACAUGCUGCCUCUGGCCUGAGGAUAGCCCGAUCGAGAGGGAGAAGCUGGUCGAGUGCUGGCUCGGGCUCGGCCUCAUCGCCGGCUCCGGCAGCGUCGACGACGACGUCGAGACGGCCACGCGGAUCAUCACCGCUCUGAAGGACGUCCGCCUUCUCGAGUCCGGCGGCGACGGCGGCGACACUCAGGGCAUCAGGAUGCACGACAUGAUACGCGACAUGUCCAUCUGGAUCGCCUCCGGGUGCGGCGCCACGAGGAACAAGUGGCUGGUGCGCGCCGGCGCCGGCAUCAGGACCGCGUCCAAGCUGACCGAGCAGUGGCGCCUCUCGCCGGCGGGCUCGACCGAGCGCGUCUCGCUCAUGAAGAACCUCAUCGAGGAGCUCCCGGCGCGGCUCCCCGCUCGCCCCGGCGUCAGGGUGUUGAUGCUGCAGACGAACACGUCGCUGCACGCCAUCCCCGGGAGCUUCCUCCGGUGCGUGCCGGCACUCACGUACCUGGAUCUCUCCGACACCAUCAUCAUGUCUCUUCCCGGCGAGAUCGGCUCUCUCGUCGGCCUCCGGUACCUCAACGCGGCGGGCACCUACAUCAACGCUCUGCCGCCUGAUCUGGUGCACCUCACGCAGCUCGAGCACCUGCUCCUGAGCGACACGAACAUGCUCGACAGCAUCCCAAGGGGCGUCAUCCUGGGACUCCAGAAGCUGAAGGUCCUCGACGUCUACGCCAGCAAGUACACCGGGUGGAGGCUGAACGCCGACGACGCCGGCGAGGGCGGCGAAGACUCCGCCGCCGCCGAUGCGAGCCUCGAUGAACUUGAAUCAAGAAACGCGUCCAUCAAGUUCCUCGGCAUCAAUGUCAGCAGCGUCGCGGCGCUUCGGAAGCUCUCCAGCUUCGCCAACGUCUCGACAAGGCGGUUGUGCCUGAAGGACAUGGCCGGCCCGGCGUCGCUCAACCUGCUCCCCUCCACGCUGUCCGACGUGCUAGGAGGCCUUGACAUGCUCGAGACUCUGCAGCACCUCGCCAUCCGGAGUUGCGCCGGCGUAAAGGACAUCGUCGUGGACGCCGCCGGAGCCAACUCCGACGACGAUCUGUGCAGAGCCUACCGCCUGCCGAAGCUGGAGAGGCUCCGUCUCCUGCGGCUCCGUCACCUCGAGACGGUCAGGUUCCACCAUACGACGGCCGCUCAUGUCUUCCCGGCGCUCCGGCGGAUCAACAUCCUCAACUGCUUCGAGCUCAAGAACGCCAACUGGGUACUGCACCUCCCGGUGCUGGAAUAUCUGGAGCUGCACUACUGCCACAACAUGGUGGCGAUCGUCGACGGCGGCGGCGAAGCCGCGGCGGACCGGAGGGCGCCGACGUUCCCUUGCUUGAGGACUCUUGCGGUCCAUGGGAUGCGGAGCCUUGGGUGCUUGUGCCGGGGCGUCCCGGCGGCCAGCUUCCCGGCGCUCGAGAUCCUCGAGGUCGGCCAUUGCUACGCACUGCGGCGACUGGACGGCGUGCGGCCACUGAAGCUGCGGGAGAUCCAGGGUAGUGACGAGUGGUGGCAGCAGCUAGAGUGGGAGGAUGAUGGCAUCAAAGAUGCGCUCUUCCCCUACUUCAAGAACCAUUCCUGACCAAAAAUUAGAAAAACAGGUCAUUCAUAAGAACAUGAUAGUGAUUACAGUACUUUUUAGAAAUGUUGUACUACAAAUUAUUAGUAGGUGAAUGUCAAGAUUCCAAAGACAUUCAUGCUCGAUCAUCCAGGAUUCCAGGGCACAAAAGGAAUCAGGUAGCAGAAAUCCAAUGUGAAAGAACGAACGGUCAUAGGCCCAUAGCAGACCAGCUGAAAACAUGAACACAGAAUUGAACUACAAUACUCCUCCCCAG